AUGAACUCUGAUUCAAAUUCUUCUAGUUCAUCUAGUUCAGGGUUAUUUGACUACAUGGUGAACGACUUUGUAGAGUGGCAUGAAUCAAUUACUGAAAGGCGAAAAGAAGAUGAAUUGAUCGAGGAAGCGAUCAAUACAUAUGUUGUUCCCCUGGUAACCUCUACUUAUCAGGUCCCCUUCACUCCUGAACCUACGUACCAAAGGUGGUAUGUACCAAGAGAUCGAGAAGAUGCUGAUAUACGGCUAUAUAACGACUACUUUAGUCCCCGACCAUUGUACACAGACGAUAUGUUUCGCCGACGAUUUCGCAAGCGUAAAAAUGUGUUCACACGCAUUGUUAACCAAUUAAGAGAAAGUAAUGUUUACUUUCAACAAAGGCCAGAUGCCAUCGGAAGACUAGGUGCAUCCCCCCUCCAUAAAUGCACUGCAACAAUUCGAAUGUUAGCGUACGGUACAUCAGCCGAUGCAGUUGACAAAUAUCUUAAACUCGCGUCAAGUACUGCAAGGGAAUAUCUCUAUCACUUUGUUGAAGGGGUCGUCUCUGAAUUUGGACCUGAGUACUUGAGGAGGGCGAAUACUACGGAUACUGAGCAACUCCUCCGCGAAAGUCAUAUUCGUGGAUUUCCUGGCAUGAUGGGAAGCAUUGAUUGCAUGCACUGGGAGUGGAAAAAUUGUCCACGUUCUUAUAAUGAUGUAAAUGUCCUCCAGCGGUCACCGGUGUUCUCUGAUAUUUGUGAGGGUAGAGCUCCAAAUGUUAGCUUCAAUGUCAACGGAAAUACAUACAAUAUGGGAUAUUAUCUUACCGACGGUAUCUAUCCAAAAUAG